UUAUAAUAACUAUCAACCUUAUUAUUUAUUUUUAUAGAAUCAAAAUAAAUAGAAAGGGAAUUAAAAAAUGGUACAUAUUUAAAAUGGAUAGAGAAUCAGAUAUUGAAACUAAAUAUCACAAACUUGCUACAGAGUAUUCUAAAGUGAGGUCCCAAGCUGCCGUUUUAAAAAAGGCCGUACUGGAUGAACAAACCAAAAAUAUUGAGCUGACAGAUCUAGUCAAAAAGCACGAACAAACUAUGCGUAAACGAGAUCAAGAAAUAGAAAGUCUAGUUUUUAGAAACGAACAACUAACAAAAAGAAUAAUGGUUUUACAACAAGAUUUACAAAAUAAUUCUAGUACUAAGAAGAAUAAGAAUAAGCCGGCAGAAAUUUCAUCCUAUAAUGAAGUGGUAGACGUAGUUAAUGAAGAAUUACAAAAGAAAAUAGUGGAGAAUGCUCAGCUCUUUAACACUGUUGCUGAAAGGGACUUGGAAAUAUUUGAUAGUAAGGAAAAAAUAAAAAAUUUGGAGGAAAGUUUGUGCAAUUUACAGAAAGAAUAUGACCGCAAAGAGACAUGCCUUGUCCAAGAUAAAAAUAAAUACGAAACCGAGAUCAAACAACUAAGAAGUUUAGUGGAUCAGUUGACUAGUAACACAAGUACAAAAGCCUGUGGGAAAAGCGAUGAGACGAAUGUGAGUAAAACUGCUGACUUUUGGAAAAACGAAGCCGAGAGGUGGAAAACGGAAUGUGACUUUUUAAGAUCUAAGCCAGAUUCUAGUGAUAAACUAACCAAUUAUUACGAACUGCAAUUAAGUAAAAUUUUAGAGAAAAAUAUUCUGUUAGAAUCCGAAAUAAAAACAUUGUGGGCAGAUAAUAUUUGUUUAAAAACUAGAUUAGAGCAUGUCACGUCGGAACACUGUAAAUUAAAAGAAAACAUAGAGGUAAGCUACGAGGAAUUAAUUACAACAAAUAAAAAUUAUAAAAGCCAGCUGGAUGCCAUGACUGAGCAUCUGGCUGCGCAAAACGAAAAAAUUGCUAAUCAGUGUGAUGAAAUUCAAGUUUUAAGGCAUAAAUUAUCUUUAAAGAAAUAAAGUUUUUAUUUUUAAAAUGUACAAAGUAUAAAAAUGCGUAGUAUUUUAUCAUUCCAGUCAUAUUGAAAAAUAUAUAAAUUGUAAUUACAGUGCACAUAAAUAUUGUUUAAAAUAAAGUUUAAUUUUUCUGCAAGUACUGUUGAAAUAGUUUUUUUAUGCCAGUGUUAAAGAUGCCAUUUCACAAUAUGGAAAUUAUUUGUUCAGUAUGUAUCUGUUAACAAUAAUUCGUUCACAUUCAAUAUACAGGAUGUUUAAGAUAAUUUAUCCUCUCUAUACCUAUUUAAUUUUUGAAAUAAUAAGCAAUAACUGUUAUCUGAAGUUAUAUGUAUUUUUUUAUUUUAAUUUUCUAAGUACCCUAUUAAUAAGGAAAAAAAUUGUAAUAGCAUUUAUAAAAUGAGUGUGUAAUUUGUUGUUAAAAGUGGUUUUGUUCCUUUAUUCACAAAAAUUUUUUAACACUAAUGAAUAAAUGUUUUAUUACA